AUGGGCGACAAGAAGAGGUCAGGCAACCGGCUGUCGAGCCUCUUUUCCAAGGGCCCCCCAGAGCCUGCCGACAACGCCUCUGUGAAGAGCAGCUCUGCGACCGUCGAACCGACCAACCGUCUGAGCAAAGUGCGUCACCGGAUCUCGUCGGCAACACUCCUCGCGCCUGCAUAUCCUCCUCCAUCUGCGCCGCCAAAGGUGCCCCUCUCGCAGCCCACCAUCCAGCCAGUCGACCCGGCCGCUGCCUUCGAACCUCUCGAGCCUCCUCCGUUUCUGGGCUUUGAUGCGUCUUCGCGCGGCUCGUCGCCUAGCAGCAGCCGUCCUGGAAGUCGGCCAGGGACACCCACUCUGGAAACAUUGCCCGAAAUCACGUCGAAGAAGCUCCGGCGGAAAAGCAGGCUGUUUGGAGGAAGCAAUGGCGGCGACGAGCCCAGUGCCGGCACACAGGCUGGGGAGAGUCCGCUCGCGUGGAUUAUUGGACACAAGGGCAAGGUGCCAUAUAACCUGGCGAUGCUGCUGAAUGGCGAGAAGGUACAAGAACUCUGGGACGACACCGGCGACACGUUGAUCUACCUCUUUCCCCGCACGUCGAACAAGGGUCCCUCCUUCCGCAUCGACUCGUCCGUCUACGCCGCGUCACCGCGCCUCACACAACUCCUGCAUGGUACUCUGUACAGCGACGUGGGCAUCGAGCAGCCUGACCAGAACGCGUGGCCAUUGUCGCCUGAGAAUGGGCCACCGUCGCGCACUGCGUCUCCCGAUCAAAGCCAGGCCGAGAGCUCAGACGUGUCCAAAGGAUCGAGGACGCUCAGCGACGCGACAGAAGAUGACCACACCGAGAGGCACAUGUACAUGCCCAUUAGCUUGAGUUCGGAUGCUGCUGUCGCGCCGGGAGAUGCACGACUCAACUCCAAAGAUAUCGACACGCUAGUGACGUACCGCAACUUCUUCGCGUUCUUGAUUGGCCAGUCCCUUCUGGCGACGGAGCGACAUCCAGACAUGUUUGGCGUAUUCCUACGGAUCGCAGACAUAUUGCAGCACUAUGACUUCUCCAAUGUCGAUGGAUCCACCUACGGCGAGGUGGCCGCCUCGAGUUUCGACAGCUACGUGGACGAGCUGAAUCUUGCCGACGUCAGACACAGCCGCGAAAAGACCAUCGAGGCGAUUGUUCUUGGCGAGAGGAUGCGUUCCGUGUCGCUCUUCACCGAGGGCUUCGUUCAUGCUGCUGGAAAGUUCGAUACCAUCAAGGAGAUAAACUCCGCCAAGUUCGAGAUGAUCAGCCGCAAGACCGUGACACGUAUUACAAGAGCAGCGAUGGACCUGGACAACCGAGAAGCUGCAAUCAACGCAAAGCUGAAGGAUUUUGAAUUUCCCGCAAUCUUUGCAGGGAUUAUGGAUAGUGCCAUGUCAGAUGAGGGAAAGAUCAUCACUUUCAAGAAGUGGAGGGCGGCUUUCAUGGCCACGAGGUCGUUCACUAUCGACUACUACAAGUCGAAGUACGGGUCCUGGCUCCCCAAGGCACGUUCGAAGAAGAACAGCCUAACGACGAGCGGCUUGAACCGACUGGUCCUGCUGGAUAUCUAUCACGACCUAUCUAGCCUGUACGAUCUUCUUGCGGACCGCAGGAACUUGACGAACCGUACCGCCGAUGGUUUUCUCUACGAGCAAGAAGGAACCGACUUCGAAUCCGUUGUGUACCGCGCCCUACGCAAAGUCCUCAGCGAAUACGACCGUAGCACACCACCUGUGCAACCACCUGUUCCCUUCGAUCUGCCACUCUAUCCAACGCUCAAAGGCGUAAAAGCCAACUAUCCGACUGGGGAUGAAAAGCAGGACGUCAAGGCGCGGGGCAAGAAGCUGAGCAAAGACGACAUUGCAAAGAUGAUAAAGCAGUCGCACAAUGUUGAUGCAGAGCACCAGACGCCGUUCUUGGAUGCGUUCCGGCACUUCGAGCACAAACAAGCCUCUGGAGCGAACAUGAACGAGCUUUGGGAACUGCGAACAGGGCAGUGGCUAUUUCUGUAUGCCGUCAUACAAUCGUUGCCAAUGUUGGUUAUCGACGUGCCCGGGGUCCGAUUUACAGAAGGAGUAGAGUAUUUCCUGUGCGAAGUCCCUCGUAGUGGCAUCCCAUGGGGUCGCGAGGACACAUCACGCACGCGAACAUGGUUCGGCGUCGCAGGCGGAGCGCAAGUCGUCAGCCUACCCACAGAUAUCGUCGAACACGGCGUGGAAGGUGUCUUCCGACGAUCUCACUGCUGGAAGAAGGCACAACAAUGGGCAGCCAACGACACAUUUCUCAAUGCAGCCAUGGAAGAGUUGAACGCGAGCGCGGCACCCCUGCCUCCGCCAACGGGCCUGCUCGACCCUGCUUCCGCUCUUUAUCCGUCUGCGCCUGAAAGUCCCGACUGGCGGCGCGAAAGCGUCAUGAACUUAGGACUCGAAGCUCUUCCACUACCGCCGGGCAUCGCGCCACCGACUUCCCAUUCGCCUGUGAUAAGGCCUGCUUCGAGCAGUGAUCCGUCGAGGACGUUUGACGCGAUAUUAGGAACGAGUGCUCCAGGAACGCCCAAAAAGGACAAGAAGAAGAAGAAAUGA